AUGACGCGUAACCCAAAUCGACAAAGGAACCUAAACGAAACUCCUCGAGGACCCAAAGAACAGAGGGCCAUCGUGCAAAUUGACGACUGCUUUGAGGAUUAUAUGUUUCCUGACGGCCCAUCUAGCACGUCAUUCCAUGGAGUAAAUGAUCGUCACCAGGCCCGAGCAACAUUCGCCGAUCGAGGUUCAGAUACCACAUCUCAAGCUUUGCCCGCCGAACCCGAAACUCAGGUCAGUGAAGAAGAAGAUCAACACACAGACCAUGAAUCUGAUAACAGCGAUACGUGGUCUACGGCAACAUUACGGUCGGAUGAGGAACCUGCGCCCAAGAAUCAACACGAGGGUCAAUAUCAAUCGGGUUCACCACCACUAUCACCACCACCUCCCCCUUUUGUAUACCCAGACAAUGCAUAUCAUCAUGAGCAUCAUGAAACUCAUCGUCAACGAUUCAAUUCUAAUUUUGUACCCCUCAGGCAGACCGAGGAACAGACUUUUCUAUAUGUAGGGUAUGAGGGGCCAAGUUCACAUCGGGUUCCACGCAUUCCAGAACGCUUUGCACGCCGGCCUCCUCACUAUUUCUUGUCGCAUUACCAAUUCUAUGAUUAUGAUUCAAAUUUGGACGAGCUUCUGUGCCUCAAGGGGGAUUCCAAAGAGCUUGACUAUCCAUGGGCCAUAGCUUGUCCUCCGGAACGACCCAUAGUAGACUGUGACGAGACGUGGGAAAGGCGAAGGUCACUAGCCAUUUUUCGGACCAGGACAAGAUCGCUGGAUCGCUACAUGACAAUCGAAAAUGCGAAAGAUAAUCGUAUUAAAAGGCAAUGA